UUUUGCUUGGGGCUGGUGGUUCUGGUUGGGAUUGGGGCUUCUCCCCCAGUAAAAGAGAAAAACAUUUCAGAGGAAGGUUGGGGAACAUUCCACACGGCACUCCCUGAGGAGGGGUCCCAGGCCGCCACACACCCAGCUGAGUAUCUGCCAUUGGGGGGUUGGUUGGAGUCUGGGAGUCUUUAGGAGGUAGGACCUCAAUUUACGUCAAAUUUUGUUUAUGGGGAGGGUUUAGUUGAGGUUGGGGCGCCCUCCCUCCGGGUUGGAUUUGGGGUUUAGGAUUGGAUUAUUGGAUUAGGAUUGGAUUGAAUCUAGGGUCACUUCUGCUUUAGUGGGUCUGGUUGGGGUUCGGAUUUGGACCCCUGGCUGGGGUUUGUUUGGCUGGUUGGGUUUGAGGUUCAAGAAAAACUCAGAAAACAUCGAUUUUCUGUUUCAGCUUCACAGAAAACUGAAGCGUUUUGACAAACAUCAUGUCUUCUUUUCCCCCCCUGGAUUAAAAAAGACAAAAUUCACACUUUUAGAAAUUCCAUUCACCUUCUUGCCCGUCAUGUUUAGCGCUGUGUCCGUUCAAAGUAAACCCUUGGUGCUUAUUGGUGAGGCGGCGUGGCGUCGGCCUUGGAAUCGCUGCUACCUCAGGGUCAGCUUUGAUGUCUGCUGGAGAGCUGCAGCCCUUUGAACGUCUGUUUUCUGCAGCUUCAGAGUGGAGGCUCUGCAGAGCGUCAUAUUACCGGACGAGUAUCACAAAAAUCGCUCGUGUUCGUCUUUCUAUGGUCUGAAAAAUAAUUAUUGAUAAGGAAAUUAAUUAUUUAGUGUCAUUUAUUAUCUUCUGUUUUUGUAAGUAAUUAAUUUCCUCGAUGUGAAAUCGAUCAAAUUUCUGUCCUGUUUUUGUUUCUUGCAACUUAAAGGCACAAAAAUGAUUUAGUUCCUUAGAAAAAAAAAUUCCUGCAUCUUGAAAGAAUUAUAUGUAGACAAAAUGUUAAAAAAAUAUUUUUCCAAUUUCCCCCAAACCUGACAAGCUGUUUGACAAACUGAAGCGACUAAAAGAUCUUAGAAAGAAACCCGUCACGCUGCAGAAAUGAUGUGGUCAUUAUGACUUUCAGCCCACUGAUGGUGCAGAAGCAUUGAAACAUCUCAAUGAUGCAGUAACAUGAUUUAAAUGAGGGAAAUAAACGUCUAAAAUCAAAAUCACUGAAAACGUAUUGUGUGUUUUUUAGCAGAAGUGAGCUUUUUAUUUUGCUGAGUGUUUCUCUGCAGAACAUUUGUGCUUCCAGACGGCAUCAGGGAAAGUCAUCAGCAAGGAAGAGCGGCUGAAAAAUGAGCUUUAAUUACAGCUUUGUUAUCUGAAGCCGUUCUUCAUCCCUCGUUUAUUCAAAACCAGGAUAUGAAGAUUCCAGCCUGAUCCAGCUGAUAGUGCUACAACACGUGUGACAGAAGUAAGUGUCUGCUUUAGAUGAUGGGGUGCAGACAGACGGGUGUAAAACUUCAGAACCGAUUCGAAAACUCUGUUUGGACCUUUUGGGUCAUGGAGCACCUCCAGAAAUUUCCUUUUGAAAUAAAAAAAAAAAUUGUUUAUUUUAUUCAAUUUUAGUUGAUCAUACAUGUAAAAAUAUUUCCCUUCCAUGACAUUUUAGAGACAUAGUUAACAUUAAAGCAAUUUUUUCAACUUUUUUUGAAACUAGAACAAGCAACUUAAUUUUCAGCAUAAAAAUGGAUUUAUCUGCAGUUUUAAAGGAACGUCAAGACCAUACUCAAACCGAAGUUUGUUUCUGAAUUAUUUCUUUUAUUUUCAGAAAAUUCCCUCUUUUGAAACUAUAGGAUAUCAGUUUAUAAUCUCUGAUUUCCCAUUCAUAACAUUUAAGAGAUAUUUUCAUAGAACUAAAUCUCUAUUUGAAUAAAAGAAUAAGUACUUGUAUUAAUUUAUAUAUUGUCUUUAAAGCAAGUUUGCUGCUUUGACUCUAUGUUCAUUAAUUUAUUCUAAGUGAAAUAUUUUGAAGGUCUUUUUAAAUCAUGCUUCACUUCUGUUGGCCGCUUUGGUCCUCCCUGCCGCACGGUGGCGCUCCUACAAUGUGUUCCCCUUUGACUCUGGUCGUUUCCGGUCUGUGGCGGAAGUGCUCGGUUUCAAAACAAAGUCGCAGGUGCUAGCUGCUGCACUGUUUGUCCAUACGAUGGACUUCCGUUCUUAGCUGACAGAACUGGACAGAAACGGUUAUUAAUUCAUGUAUUUAUUUUUUGCUUUCGGAUGAUAAAGUAAAUAUCUGAAUCAUCAUGGCGGGGCCGCUGCUGGAGUACGAGACCGAGAUCUUCCUGAGUCUGUUCAGCUCCGAUGGGCUCUUGGUGGUGGCUGAAGGGAUGGGGUUAGACCGCAUUCUGCUGCAGUUCAUGCGGGUUUACUCGGAGAAAGACAGCCUGGUCCUUCUGCUGAACACAACCACGCCUGAGCAGGAGUAUUUCACGGAGCAGCUUAGGGUGGAGGGCGUGACCCACCUGCCCCGGACGGUGACCAGCGACGUCCAGAGCUCCGAGCGCUACAGCGUUUACACCGAGGGAGGGGUGCUGUUCGUCACCAGCAGAAUCCUGGUGGUGGACUUUCUCCUUGAUCGCAUCCCCGCUCAUCUUAUAUCAGGCAUCCUGGUGUAUCGAGCCCAUAAAAUCAUCGAGUCGUGCCAGGAGGCCUUCAUUCUGCGACUGUUCAGGCAGAAAAACAAGACCGGCUUCAUUAAAGCCUUCACUGAUAAGGCCACAGCUUUCUCCACCGGCUUCUGCCAGGUGGAGCGCGUCAUGAGAAACCUCUUUGUGAAAAAACUCUACCUGUGGCCCAGGUUUCAAGCUUCUGUCAACACAGUGCUGGAGAGGCACAAGCCAGAAGUGGUGGAGCUGCACGUGUCGCUAACGCCGGCCAUGAGGGCCGUCCAGAGCUCCAUCCUGGACAUCAUGGGCGCCUGCCUGAAGGAGCUGAAGCGCUACAACCCCACCCUGGAGGCGGAGGACCUGUCGCUGGAGAACACGCUGGGAAACGCCUUUGAGAAGACUAUCCGUCACUACCUGGACCCCCUGUGGCACCAGUUGGGGGCUAAAACCAAAGCUUUGGUUCAGGACCUGAAGGUGCUGCGGGUCCUUCUGCUCUACCUCACUCAGUACGACUGCGUCACCUUCCUCAACCUGCUGGAGUCUCUGCGCUCCAGCCAGAAGAUCUUCGGCUCCAAUUCAGGCUGGCUCUUCCUGGAUUCCAGUACCUCCAUGUUCGUGAACGCCAGAAGUCGAGUUUACCGCAUUCCCGAGGGCAAGAAGAAGCUCCGAGUGGGAGAGGAGGAGCAGAGACAGAAAUCCUCCUCUGCUCCAGAAAUGAAACGGGAGCUGGUCCUGGAGAAGAGCCCGAAGUGGGAGGCCCUUACCGAGGUGCUGGAGGAGAUUGAGAAGGAGAACAAGAGCUGCGAGGAAGCAGGCGGCGUGCUCAUCUGUGCCAGCGACGACCGCACCUGCGCCCAGCUGCAGCAGUACAUCCGUCACGGCUCCGAUGGGCUGCUCCACCGCCUCUACGCUCGCACCAUCGGCAAGCGCGACUCUGCCGCCGCCGCCAUGGAGGUGGCUGUGCACAAAAAGGGAAAGGGGGGGCUGAAAAAGGGGGCCAAAGGAAAGGAAACCGCGCAGAAAAAAAGGGCAACAAAAAAUCAAAGCAGGCCGUCUCUGACCCUAACCCAGAUGAUGGGGAAGGAGGAGGUGGGGGGCAGCGGCGACGAAGACUGCCUGAUGGAGGAAGAGGAGGAGGAGGAGGAGCAGAUGAAGUUGGAUCUGUCCUCAGACGCCUACUAUGGGAUCCUAAAGGAGCCCCUGACUGUCAUCCACCCUUUGAAAGGCUGCACUGACCCCCACAGCCUGACCCGGGUGCUGCACGAGGUGGAGCCCAGCUUCGUGGUGCUGUACGACGCCGAGCUGAGUUUUGUCCGCCAGCUGGAGGUCUACAAAGCCAUGCGGCCCGGAAAACCCCUCCGGGUUUAUUUCUUAAUCUACGGAGGCUCCACGGAGGAGCAGAAGUACCUGACGGCGCUGUCGAAGGAGAAGAAGGCGUUCGAGCAUCUCAUCAGAGAAAAAGCCACGAUGGUCGUCCCAGAGGAGAGAGAAGGACGAGAAGACACGAACCUCGACUUGGCCAGAAAUUUGGAGCCCGCCAACGCCACCACCAACACCCACAAAGCAGGAGGGCAGGAGCAGCGCUCAGAGCCGUCCAGAGUCAUCGUGGACAUGCGCGAGUUCCGCAGCGAGCUGCCGUCCCUGCUCCACCGCCGCGGGCUGGACAUCGAGCCCGUCACCCUGGAGGUGGGCGACUACAUCCUGACCCCGGACACGUGCGUCGAGCGCAAGAGCGUCAGCGACCUGAUUGGCUCCCUGCAAAGCGGCCGUCUCUACAGCCAGUGCCUCUCCAUGACCCGCUACUACCGGAAACCGGUGCUGCUGAUCGAGUUCGAUCCCGCCAAGCCUUUCUCCUUAACGGCCAGGUCGGAUUUCCGUCACGAGAUUUCGUCAAAUGACGUUUCCUCCAAGCUGACUUUGCUCACGCUGCACUUCCCCCGCCUCCGCAUACUGUGGUGCCCCUCGCCGCACGCCACGGCCGAGCUCUUCCUGGAGCUGAAGCGAGGCCGCCCCGAGCCCGAUGCCGCCGCUGCUCUAGCGGUCACGGCCGAGUCGGACACGGUGGCAGAAUCCGCAGGCCUCUACAACCCUGGGCCGUACGACUUCCUGUUGAAAAUGCCAGGAGUCAACGUGAAAAACUAUCGCGCUCUCAUAAAACACGCCGACAGCCUGGCAGACAUCUCCAGACUCGGCCAGGACAAGUUAGCAGAGAUACUUGGGAACACCCACAAUGCUAAGCUGCUGUAUGAAUUCAUGCAUAAUGUUGCAGACGUUCCUGCUCCAGUGCAGAAGAGAAAGCAGACGUGACGGAGAACCAAACAUUUGGGCCACAUUUGGUGUGAAAAAAGUUGUUUUUCUUUUUUUUUUUAAAUGGCAAUGGUAUGUUAUCGUAUUUCAAAAUAAAAGUUUUCUAUUUUUGUAACCAAACUACAGUUUGAAUUACAAUUAUACACACGUUCUUAAGAGAGAUAUUUAACAGUUUACUUGAUUGGUGUGCUUGUAUCUAACUAUAUUUGGGAAGUAAUAUACAACCUAGAUCCAUAAAGAUUCCAAUUUUAAAUUGCAUGAAUUCAAAUAAAAAAAUUUGCUCGCAUAUAACGAAA